AUGUCCUUGAUGCUUGUUACAUUGAUAGCCAGCUGCAAGGAAUUUCUAGAUAUACAGUUAAGGAUAAAUGAAAAGAAAACACUGAAUGCUUUGAACAAAGAUCUAAAUUGGAUAACUACCAGAUUCCCAAUGGAAGGAAGAAUUAAAACAAAAGAAAUGAAAGUAAAUUGUCUUAUUCAGGCUCAACUAGGAUGCAUUCCCAUACAAGAUUUUGCUUUGACGCAAAAUACCGCAAAGAUUUUCAGACAUGGCUCCCGAAUUACAAGACGGUUAUCAGAUUUUGUAGCUGCUCAAGAAAAGAAGUUCACCGUAUUAUUGAAUAGUUUGAUUUUAGCUAAAUGUUUUAGGUGUGAACUUUGGGAAAACUCUCUGCAUGUAUCCAAACAACUGGAAAAAAUUGGUAUAACAUUGUCAAAUGCAAUCAUAAAUGCUGGUUUGACUUCCUUUAAAAAAAUAAAAGAGACAGAUGCAAGGGAACUUGAAUUAAUUUUAAAUAGACAUCCCGCUUUGGAACCCAGAUAAAAGAAACUGAUGUAUCUACCAAAAUAUGGACUUAAAGUGGAUCAGAUUACAAGAUAUAGUGAUACAAUGGCAGAAAUACUAGUAACUGUUAUUUUAAGAAACUUUGAACAGCUACAAACUAAAAGAACAGCAUCGGAUUCUCACUAUGUUACCUUAAUUAUAGGUGGCGAUAAUGAAGUAGUUUAUCUGCACAAGAUUAUGGAUUCUGUUUUGCUAAAAGUUGGAAAUUGGGCUAAAAAGAUUGCUGUGAAGAGAGCUCUUAAAUCUGAAGAUCUUAGCAUAAAUAUAAUAAGUUCUGAAUUUGUUGGGCUUGAUGUUCAGCAGAAAUUUACAGUCUUUUACUUAGAACCCAAGAGGUUUGGAAAUCAAAUGACUAUGCAAAGAACAUCUGAAACACAGAUUUCCCAUUCUAAACUUUCAGAUAGAUCUACAAUAGCAGGACCUAAUAAAGGAAUGACUGCCAGCAAAAAACCUGGGAACCGAGAAUGCAAUCAUCCUUGUAAAAGUAAACAUACAUGUGGACAUAACUGCUGUAAAAUUGGAAUUGCACAGAAGUCAGAAAUUAAAGAGUCAACAAUUUCUUCAUAUUUAUCUGAUUUAAGAAACAGGAACGCUGUUUCAUCUGUUCCUACAGUUAAACGUCUGAAGAUACAGAUGAGUAAAUCUCAAGGUGUGGACCUUAAAGAGUUUGGUUUUACUCCAAAACCUUCCCUUCCUAGUAUAUCGAGGUCAGAAUAUUUAAACAUAUCUGAAUUUCCUAUAAUGGAGCAGUGGGAUCAGCCUGAAAUCUAUGGAAAAGUUAGACAAGAACCAUCUGAAUAUCAAGACAAAGAAAUUUUGAAUGUGAACUUGGAAUUGGGAAAUGAAGUUCGGGAUUAUUUUGAUGAGGAAAACUUAGAAGUUACUAGCUUUUCAACUGAUACUGAGAAGACAAAAAUAUCAGUUUUGUUUCAUCACAUGAGAUGUCAGAUACUUCUUUAUCAAAUUCUGCUACGCCCAGGUUCAGUGCAUCCUCCAUGACAAAAUUACCUCAACAAGCCGGAAAUGCAGUUCUAGACCAUUUUCAAGAAAGAAAACUACAAAAUCUGUCACCAGAGAUUGAGAAGCUAUGCUUUACUUGCUCUGAAAAAAAAAAAAAAAAAAAAUUCUUCAAAUUAUAAAAAGGUGGAUUUUUUUAUUAGAAACAGUGAAUGUAAAAAGGAAGUUGAUUUCA